CGCCUUUUGCUCGAGCCGCUUGUUCCGGAAGAAGGAAGAGAUUUCACAUUAGAAAGUCUGUUGACAGUAGGAUUCAAAAUCAGUUCACAUACAGUAUUCAAAACAAAUAUUUUUUUAAAUAAUUUUUUCCAGCAUCGCGUUCUAUUUUCUGGACCCUGCAGGAGAUCUCAAGGUAUGGAAUAUGGCAGCAACUGAAACGCAGCUUAUGUUAAGCGUCGGAUUAAUCGAGAAAGAUGUGAAUGGAGACACGCUGUGGGUGUGGUGCUAUCCCUCCGUGGGCUCAGACCUGAGGCAGGUACUGCUCAGCAAGUGCUGUUUGACACAGGACGGGAGGGAUUUCCACACCUUUGUGUUUGGGCAGUUUUGUCGCACCUGGUACUACAUUACCACAGUGGAGGUACAAGAACCUACAGCACUAAACAAGGUCACUCAUUUUUCAGUAGUUGUUACAGCAAAAGACUUCAAUCCCGAGAAAUAUGCUGCACUUAGUAGAAUCCUCUGCAGGAUGUACAUCAAACAUGGCAGUCCAGUGAAGAUGAUGGAGGCUUACAUCACGGUCCUCACCAAAGGGAUUUGCCAGAGUGAUGAAAAUGGCUCAUUUCUGAUUAAGGACUAUGAUGUUCGGAAGGCUUACUUGGCAGGUUCAGUCAAAGAUGUGGUGUCUCAGUUCGGUAUGGAGACUAUCAUCUUAUAUACUGCUCUGAUGCUGAAGAAGAGGAUCAUCGUUCAUCACCCUCGAGUUGAAGCAUUGUUGGAGUUCACAAGAGUAAUGCCAGCUCUGGCGUGGCACAGGAAAGACUGGUCCAUCGUGCACCCGUACAUGCACUUGAAUGAUAUUGAACUGGAGGAUUUAAAGAAAUGCCCUGGGUACGUAGCAGGAUUUGUAGAUCCUGAAGUGAGCAACAGAUCAGACUUAUUUGAUGUGUAUGUGAACCUCCCAGACAGCGUCAUCACAGUAUCCCAGAGUGCCAAAGAGGCCAUGGCGAUGGGGAAGUUGCACAAGGACAUUGGUCACCUGAUUGUCCAGUCUGCAGAAGAUGCUGAGAGGUCGGACAGUCAGGUGAUUAAGGACAUUUCUGUCAAGACAAAGGAGAUUCUCACCAACUUGUUUGCCCUGGCUGACAAGUGUGAAGACUCUAAAAUCACGCUGGAAGGUUUAAAGCAGCAUCAUUUUCCCCCAGCAACAGAGAAUUUUCUUUUUCAUUUGGCAGCUGCCGAGCAGCUCUUGCGGAUAUAAAGCUGCCCGUAGGCACUCUGCUGCAGGAUGACGCAGCGUGACUGUACUGUUUCCCACACAGUGGGAUAAUUACAGUUUCUUUAAAGGCUUGUGUGCUCCUUCGCAGCUGUUUGCACAAGACACUAUCUCAGAACAUGUCAACAGUAUGUUUUAACUCGCCCUGUGGUGCUAAUAUGUAACAUGACUCGCAUCAUGUCUCACCAGUCCCGUGACGUUUAGCAUCAUAAAAAUACAGGUUUACUGUGGCAACAUUAUAUUUUUUGUAGAAUGAACAGAUUUUUCUUUUCGAUGAAAGUCCUCAAAUAAAUUAUUUCGCUGAGCCCUAGCGCUCCGUCGUAAUCCAGAAACUAUUAAAAUCACAGCAGUGAGCCUAACUGUCGCACUGGGAGACAUAAUCAACACAGACGCAGUUAUUCAGUCAGCUCUCCCACACACACACAGGCCUGCUGCGCUAAAUACUUAUUAGAACACUCGUUUGUAUUAUUCCACGGCAGAAAUAGCUUUCCCCGAUUUUUAACUGUUCCCGUAUCAAGUCAAAAACAUCAGCGCCCUGCAUUCACCACCUUGAGUGGAAACCAGCAAGUCGAGAAGAAUUUGGUGAUUUUAUUGGCAAUAAAAAUUCCCAUAUCCAUUUGAUAUAAUAAGGAGCCAUUAGUAUUUGUCUUUAAUGCUGUGAAGCUGAGACUGAUGAUGUGUUAGCAUCCCCUCCACAGAGCACCGCUCGCUUUGGUCUGAGCUGUCCGUCCCAGAUGAGCAACAGCAGCUGAAAUAACUCAGGUGUGACGAGCACUUGUUUAGUUCCUUAAUGGAGAAUGUGCUUAUCGAACAUAUUGCACAACAUAUUGGUAAUUUACAUUUUCUAACUAUGUCACAUUUUGUACAGACGACUGAAAUACAAGCAGAGUGAACUGCUCUGUGUAAAACAAAAAGUCUGCAGCUGAUGAAACUGCGAUGCAACCAUUCCAUGUUGAUUUUAUUGCAUUGUGUCUUCUCUUAUUGUCCAGGUUCUAUUUUUGUUUUUUUACUAAUGUAUUACGUCUCUCUGUUCUGUCCUUUGAAGCACAUUGCAAAACAGAUGGUUUUGUGCCUCAGUAUUUCUGAUAAGACAGAGUGCAAUGCAUAGAAAUGCUUGUGUAACUGAAAGCGGAGUUUAUAUUCAUGAAUUGAUGUACAGUGCUAUUUCAUAUCCAGAACUACUCUAAUAUUCAAACUAAAUAAAUGUACUAUCAAAAUAG